UCUCUCUCUCCAUUUUCCCAGUUCUAGAAGAUCAAAAACCGCAAAUCAAAAAUCGAAGCAGAGAAGAAGGAAGCAAAAACCUCCAUUGAAAUCAAUGGCACAAGCCGCGAGGCUCAAUCUCCGAAUGCAGAAGGAGCUCAAGCUUCUCCUCGCCGAUCCCCCUCACGGCGCCUCCUUCCCCAGCCUUUCCCCCGACUCCGCCGAGCUCUCCUUGUCCUCCAUCGACGCCCAGAUUAAAGGUCCCGAAGGAACUGUGUACGCCGAAGGGGUUUUCAACGUCAAGAUCCAGAUUCCUGAGAGGUAUCCGUUUCAGCCUCCGAUUGUGACUUUCGCGACGCCGAUUUACCAUCCGAAUAUCGACAAUGGUGGCCGGAUUUGCCUCGACAUUCUCAAUCUUCCCCCGAAGGGGGCAUGGCAACCAUCAUUAAACAUUUCAACUGUGCUUACCAGCAUCGGGUUGUUACUGAGUGAACCCAAUCCGGAUGAUGGCCUAAUGUGUGAAGCCAGUAGGGAAUAUAAGUAUAAUAGACAAGCUUUUGACCAGAAGGCUCGAUCUAUGACUGAGAAAUAUGCCCAUCCUGGAGCGAGUGGGAAUGUUGGCGCAAGUAGGUGUAUUCAGACCGACUCAAAUCCAAGCAUGGUGGAAGUUAAAACAGUUGAAAAUGAGUCAAAACCUGAAGCUAACGAGUACGUCCUAAAUUGUAAGAAGAUAUGCGGGACUGGGAGCAAGUUGACACUGCAGUCUUCAGGCCCGUCUGAGAAAAGGGUUGAAAGUGAGGAAGGGAAUGAAGCUUCUAACAACAACCUUUCAGUCAAAGACUCGAAGAAGCAGAUGAAAGUUGAAGAAACAAAAAAGGAGCUAAAACAUACAAUCCAGGAGUCCAACUGGGUUCAGGAGAAGUUGAAUGGGAACAGGAGAAAGUUAUCAUUGGUGUCUUUUGCUCAAUCCCAGAAGAGAAACGACAAUGAAAAUGAGAAGUUGGUCCCAAAAAAUAUUUCAUCAUGUACGAAACUUUCUGUGGCUUCUUCGGGACACUGUCACAGGGAAGAGGUUAAUCAAUGCCAAGAUAGCAUAUCAAAAGAUGAAAACACAAAUGUUGAAUUAAAGAAGCUGCAUGGGCUUUCCCAGAAACAACUAGGAUCUUCAGAAAUAGUGGAUUUUAGUGGGGGGAAAAUGCAUGUGAUCCCUCAACUAUUGCCCUCAGAUAUCCAUGUUAUCAAAUCAGAUGAGGCUGCUUCAGUAACGCCAACUGUAAACUACUCCAAACCACAACCCCAAAAGGAUUGCGUGGAAAGAAUUGAAGAAGACUCUUCUGCGACGAGUCAUGAAAAGUUCUCUUUGGUUGAGAAGAAACUUUCACUGGGUUCUAAAGGACCAUCAGGGACACAUAACAAAGAGAGUGUAGAGCCACCUGUUUACAAGAGACCAAGGUCUUCCAGUUUUUCUGCGCUGGGAACAGUAUUGCGUGGGAACGACAAGGACAAUGAAAGUGGACUUGGGAACCUUGAGAUGCAUGGGAGAAAUCAGAAGCAGUCACCGAGUCCUCUUACGCAGUUGCAAGAGAGAACCAAAAAUCAGAUUCAGCAACCUGCACACUCUGAGAGCCUAUUUAGUUUGUCCAAGUCCAUCCCUAAGCAACAGGACAGAGGGUUAAGUAAGAAGCAGUGUUUUGAUCAAGUUAAAAAGGACAAGACUUUUGGACUGGCUAAGCAAAAGGAAGCAGAAGAAUUGCUAACAUCUUAUGCUGUAGUCGUCUUGGAUAGUGAAGAUAGUGACGAGGAAAAGAGAGCACCUUCAAGGUCUAAACCGCUGCUAGCACGAAAGCGUCUAGGCAAGUGGAAAGUUUGAGCGUGAAGAUGGUUCUAAUAUUCAAGUGAGAUGUCAUUUUUCCUUCUACAUGUGAAUGUUAUGCACCAGAUUAGGAUGAGAAAAGCUGUAAUAUUUCUUUUUGUCUUCAAAAUAUUGCAUCUGAAAAGGUGGAACUUGCAUUUGGUUCUCACUCAUGUAAUUGUAGCUUGAGAAUCAAAUGCAACCUCUUAUUAUUGGAAUGUAUCUGAGAAUCAAA